AUGGAUUAUCUCACAGGUGAAUGUGCCAACUUAUGGAACGCCAUUCUAGAUGGUCCUACUAUUCUUAUGAAGACAUCUGCUGAUGGAAAAGAUCAAGUUCCCAAGGAUAGAAAAGAAUGGGAUGUUGCCGAUAAGAUAGCUAUUCAAAAUAAUGCUAAAGCUAGAAAAGUUUUGACCUGUGGUAUUGAACUUGAUGAAUAUAAUAGGAUUUCUUCCUUUCAAGAUGCAAAACAAAUACGGGACACUCUUCAAACAACUCAUGAAGGUACCACUGUUGUAAAGAAGGCCAAGAUAGACAACCUAAAUAGGCAGUAUGAACUUUUCAAAAUAAAGGAAGAAGAAAUCAUUCAGGAUAUAUGCACCAGGUUUACUACUAUACUCAAUGAAAUCCAUUCCCUAGGAGAGUAUAUUCCCACAGGAAAGGCUAUUAGAAAACCCCUAAGUGUAUUGCCUGAAUCAUGA